AAGUAAAAGCGCCACAGCUAAUGGAUAGCGGUUCAAUGAUACUAGAAUGCUUCCGAUGUGAACAAUGAGGGUCUCUGUCGAUGAACAAAGAAAGUAGAGGUAACUUUGACACCUGGAGUUCCAGAAUGGUUUCUGGGGUUGAGUUUCGGUGCAAAGUAAAAGUUCCCACCAUCACUAACCUGCCAACUUUAAAUGAAAUUUCGUCAUCGGCUUUUGAGUAUGACUUUUUACACGAAAAGCAAGUUAUUGCUGAUUAUGAUGAGUAUUUCAACGCAAAGAAAAAUUUGGAUGAAACACUUUCCACAUCAGUGUAUGGAAUUCCACCAGAUCAGUCUAAUCCAUUACAGGAAAGCAAUAAAAAGGGCAUCGAAUUACCACGCAGUUUUCAUUUCUCUGAUCCUCAGUCACGUUCUUCAAAUAAUUCGUGUCCAGCUUCAGUUAUCGGAACACCUCCACCUGCUGCUAGUCAUCUUGUUUCCGGGAAAAUUUUGGAACCUAGCAUAAUAGAUAGUGGAGCUUCUAGCCAAUUAUGUAAAUCAGGACAGAUGAAGGUUUCGGAUAAUAACCCUGAAUGUUCUAGUUCAGAGUUAAUUCAGAUGAAACCAGGCUCUUCUACUAGUUCCACAAUUUUCACAUACUUAAAAGAUUUUGAUAUCCAACCUGACGACCCAUUCACGAUGACUGAACUUAAAACAAUAAAUGAACUUGAGGAACUUAGGGAAAUUUUAAUGCAUGACUCCAUUUCUAGUUCCUGUCAACCACAACCUUAUCAUUCGACAACCAAGGAUAUAAUAGGUAAUCAUAAUGAAGGUUCAUCUGUCACCAACUCUUCGAAUACUCACUCCGUAAAUUCAGAAAAACUGAGUUAUCCUCCUUUUUCUAGUUCAAAAAACAAACACGAAACUUGCAAAUUUCCAGAAACAGCUAAUUCAUUUCAAAACAAUUUUUGUUUCGUAAGUAAUCAUAUAAGUGAUCAUCAAGUUCAAACACGUGCACAAGAUGUAGCUAUCUCAAAUGGCCUUCAUAAUUCAUCUGGAUUUGGUAAUGCACCGACAAGGUUUACAAAUUUGUCUAAGCCAUUUGUAAAUUCCUGUGUUCCAUAUAGCAUAAAGUCGAUUGCCUUCACCAAUCAAUCUCAAGCCUUCGGUAGUAUCGCUGAACAAAACGGUCUUAUAAAUACUGAAAAAUGUCAAGACAUGUUUAAAAUCUCCACUAUUGGUAUAAGAACACCUGAUCCACAUCAUUCUCAAAUAAGGCUUUUAGAAAGUUUGUUGUCGUGGGCAACAAAUUGUGGUUUUUCUCAUUCUCAUACUCGUCGUCUCUUAGAAUUAGGACUACAGAAAAGAGCCUUUACAUGUCAAAAUCUUGAGCAGAACAAAUUGAUCUUGUUAAAUCUUCUUCAUACCUUCAACUCACUAUUGACAACUUUCUCAACUAAUCAAAAUUCUCAGAAGCUUAGUGAACAAUCAGCUCUUUUGAUUACAGUUACACAUCCUAAUAAUCUAUUCAAGGUGAGAAUUAUUUAAAACUGUAACAAAAGAUAAUUGGGUUCAUAAAUUGUGGAAAAUUAAAAUGUAUCAUAGACCAGCACAACAAUUGGCUCGCCUAGUUAUUUAUCUAGAACAAAGAGGAUUCUCACAAGAUAUGAUCUAUCGCUAUAUACAAAAUCCUCAUUCCAUGGAAAACGAAGAAGUGGCCAAAUUUCUCAACGAUUUAACGACACCUGCCAGUACUGUUCAUCAAGUCAGUCCUAUGAAUUUUCCAUCAUCAAAAUCACUUAGCAUGAAAUACCCAGAAAGAUGAUUGUGAAGACGAUGGAAAGUAUUCUUUCAUUUUCUGAUGUUCAUUGUUUUCAAAGAAAUUUUUCUAAUAUCAGUCGUAUACCGUACUGCUAAUGCUGUGAUCACUAAAGCUUUUCAGAUUUCUUAACAACCAAACAUUUCGUUUUCUUCCAUAUAAUAUUUGUACUACUUUCGUAUUAUAUUCCUAUUAUGUUUGCAGAUAAUAAAUAGUAAUGGUAUAAGAAGAACGGAUCGUGUCAACCAAUUUUUUUAUCAGUUUGACUUUACCUUUUCUCAGGUUUGUGUCGAAUUCACAGUAAUUAAAACUAAGAGGCUCUGUGUGUUCACUCAUUUUCUCUAUUACAUAUAUGAAAUCGUUUGUAAUUAACUCACAAAUAACUACCAGCUGACAGUUGUUUGAUAUUUUCUUUUAAGAAUUAUUGUAUGUAUACAUAUAUAAGGUAUAUGUAGUUUAUAUUUUUAAAUAAUUCACAGAUGUUUAUUUUCAAGAAUAAACUUAUUCAAACAUUUCC